GUAUUUAUGCACCGGAUGCAGCCAGAAGAUAUUACUACAAUAUGAAAACUGAGGAUGGGCACCUCCUCAUUGCUGAACUAGAUUCACACCCUCGCCUUUCUCCUGCCUCCCCACCUGCUAUCAACUGGAGCUCAUAUGCUUUGAGUGUCAAAAGAUCCUCACCGAAUGUCCGUGAUUUCGGAGGACUCGUCUUCCAUGACUGGUUCACUUUCACUGAGCUCAUUCAGCCAGAUGGGAAUCUCACCGUUUGCCAGAAAGACCUCUGCUGUCACUUGAGCUACAAAAUGGCAGGGAAACGAGAAGAUGAAAUUUAUGUGCUAGGUGCUUUUGAUGGGCUUCAUGUCGUUGAAGGACAAUACUACCUGCAGAUAUGCACACUGCUCAAGUGCCAGAGCACAGACCUGAACACAUGUGGACAGCCGGUAGAGACAGCUCAGACCAAGUUUGAGAUGUUCUCCCUCAGCGGCACCUUUGGCACCAACUACGUCUUUCCAGAAGUCUUGUACAGCGGGGUGCAGCUGGCCCCCGGGGAGUUUGAGAUAUUGAAUGAUGGGCGCUUGAUAAGUAAGACAAGACCGACAAAACCAAUUGUCACUGUGACACUUUUUGGACGGUGGUAUGAAAAGGAUCAUCUGAAACAAGACCCACAACCACCAGCUUUCCCUUUAUAUUCUCAUAACUGAAGCUGCACCCUAUUAAUCUUAUAUCUGAAUGAGAUACAUCAUCCUCUACUACAACAAUAACAAUUACGUUUCUUAUUUCCAGUUACACAAACUUCUGA